GGAGUCAGCUUUUCAAAGCUCCGCAGAUCCGACUUAAAUUCGUUAAAGAUGGCACAGAAGAGCAGCGGCCUAAUGCGAAUGUGCAGCUUUCUUCUCUUAGUGAUCUUAUUUCUGCCACGUGGAAUGACAAGCUCUGUUUUAACUGUGAAUGGGAAAACCGAGAGCCACGUUCUGAACACUCAGCUGGGCUCCGAAGAAUCUCUGAAGUGUGCUGUUCAGAACCACACGGGGGACGAAGGACUUCUCUGGUUCCGAGAAGGGGGGGCAGUGGAUUUGAAGUCCGAAAACAAAAUCAAUUCCAGCGCCGUCUGUGUGACUGCCAUCAGUGAGGAUGACAAUGGAGUCACCUUUACCUGCAAGCUGCAGAGGGACCAGUCCGUGUCCAUCUCUGUGGUGCUGAACGUCCCUUUUCCUCCGCUCCUCAGUGGAAAUGACUACCAAACAGUUGAGGAAGGCAGUGCUGUGAAGCUGGUUUGCAAUGUGAAAUCCAACCCCCAGGCCCAAAUGAUGUGGUACAGAAACAGCAGCAUCCUGACCUUAGAGAAAAACCAUCACCAAGUCCAACAGACAAGUGAGUCUCUUCAGCUGUCCAUCACCAAAGUCAAGAAAUCUGACAAUGGAACCUACAGCUGUUUCGCAUAUUCACCUCUGGAAACAAAGACAAAGGACUUUCACCUCUUUGUCAAAGAUAGAGGUUCGAGUGUACCCAUAGAACCCAUUAUUGCUGCAACGGUUGUGGUCUUUUUGACGUUGUGCUUCGGACUGAUUGCUAGAAGACAAAGGAUAAUGAAGUGCUGCAUAAAGGGUGAAGAUCCUCAAAGAGAAACAGCUCUAUGAGAAAGCUGAGGUGCCAUCUCAUACAGCAAGAAUUGUGCAUCUGGAUCGCCUUGAUUUAUGUAGCCCCAUCUGUAUUUAUUGCUAUUAUUAAAUUCACUCCUGUCAAAUUGUC